AUGAAAUUAUCUGGUCGAGGAGGUGGAGGAAAGAAAAGGGAAGAAAUUUCUAUGGUAGAAAAUGGAAAUGGGGCUUUUGGUCAAAGGCGUUUUGUUUCGGCAAAUGAUGUAGUUGGUGGUGAUUCUCAUAAUUCUCGUCAGGGAGAUGGAGUUAGUUUAACUGCUUUGAGAAGCACAAAUGGAGGAGCUGGAUCACAAUUUACCUCUCCAACAAAUGGUUAUGGAACAAACAGGCAUUGA